AAAAGUAAGUUUUCCUUAAGUAUAUGACUAAAAAUAUAAAAAUGACAUGUAUCAAUUCGAUGGUUGAUAUGAAAGCUUUCAAAACCAUAUGGAAGAUAAAAGUCAAAAUAAUUCAACUGUGGAAACAAUACUGUUCAUUUUUUCAAGAAUGUGUUCGAUGAAAAAAAUAAGGUUUUUAUGUCAUAAUUUGUUUAAUGGCCAAUCCGAUCAGCCCAUGAUAAAUUAAUUAUAAUUUUGUUCCAUAAUUUUUAAUAAAAAUUGAUCCGAUAAUAAAUUAUAUAAUAACAACAAAAAAUAUUGUAUAUGUAUAAAUAAAAUGAUCAAAUAUAUAAAUUAUCGAUAAUAUAUACAAAUAAACUUACCCUGCGCAAGGCGCAGGUCUUAAUCCUAGUAGUAAUGAAAAUCAAAGCCAAUGGUAUAUUUUUUGAUUCAAAGCUAGGUUAGAUCCAAGAAUGAAAUAAAAAUAAAAACAGUCAUUUCAAGCAAUGAAAAUCAAAUAUUCAAAUAUUCAUGCAUGGGGGGAUCUAUCCAAUUUUCUUUUGAAAAAUAUCCAGCGGAGAAAGCGUACAGAUAAAGACGUUUUUAAAAUGAUAUUUAAAAAAAAAAACUGUAUACAGCUAAGCACAUCAUUUUGAUUAGAAGGCAACUAUAUUAAGGAAACCUUAAAGUAAAGAAAUAAAUCAAGAUUCAAAAAAAAAAAAAACUGUGGACCGCUAACAAUCAUCUUAUAUACAUUGUUCCUAAAUUCUUUUCUAUAUAUAAAACCUAUCUCUAAAUCUCUCUUCUGUUCUGUCCAUUGUCUUCGCGGAUCAGAGUGCUUGUCAACUCUACAGUUUGAAAAUCUUUUGUUUGACUCUUCUCCUUUCCUUUUUACACCACAACGGCUUUUAAAACAUACUGGCAGAGACUGAGGUAGAUCGCCGGAUUCUCAUCGGAGACGGCCCCGUUGAAAAGGCUUUUUUUUCUACGAUUCUCUCUUUAGGUGUCUGCACUGGCCAUCUAGUGUUUGUUUGGUGAUCUGAUUCUUGACUGGAUGUGAAAUGCAAAGAUCACGGAAAGCUCUUCUGAUUAGAAGAAGAAGAGCUUCUGAGAGUGCUUCUAAUGGAAGGAACCGCCUCUACAAAGUUUCUUUGUCUCUCGUUUUCCUCAUUUGGGGGCUUCUCUUGCUCUCCACGUUGUGGAUCAGCCAUGGAAAUGGUGAGAAAGGUGAUCCACAGGAUGCUAGUGCAAAUGAGACAGCUGGACAUGUUGAUGCACCAUCACUAGACUCUACUUUAGUUCAUUCUACUCUUGAUUUAGCUUCAGCCGAAAGAAUCAAAGACGUGCACAUUAUAUCAAAGCAAGUAGACGUCAAUAACACAGUUGCAGCAAAUGUUACAGAAGGCAAAGACAGUGACUUUGUGAAGCAAAGUGAGAUGACUAAUAAUGAUUCAGGUCUAGUGAAUGCUUCAAAGCUUGAUCAUCUCUCUCGUGCUGUUCCCUUUGGCCUUGAUGAGUUCAAGAGCAGACCGUCCAACUCCACAGACAAAUCUUUGUCUAGCCAAGUCAGCGGCGUGACUCACAGGAUGGAGCCUGGUGGGAAAGAGUACAACUACGCAGCAGCUUCAAAAGGAGCUAAGGUAUUGUCUUGUAACAAGGAAGCAAAAGGAGCUACAAGCAUCAUAAGCCGGGACAAAGACAAGUACCUACGGAACCCGUGUUCAACUGAAGAGAAGUUCGUUGUCUUAGAACUUUCAGAAGAAACGUUGGUGAACACAAUCAAGAUUGCAAAUUUCGAGCAUUACUCUUCUAAUCUCAAGGACUUUGAGAUUCUUGGAACCUUGGUUUAUCCUACUGAUGCAUGGGUUCAUCUGGGGAACUUCACAGCUUUAAACAUGAAGAACGAGCAGAACUUUACACUCGGUGAUCCACAGUGGGUGAGAUAUCUAAAGCUAAGUUUCCUAAGCCAUUACGGUUCAGAGUUUUAUUGCACCUUGAGUUUACUAGAAGUUUAUGGAGUGGACGCUGUGGAACGAAUGCUAGAGGAUUUGAUAUCUAUCCAAGACAAAAACAUAGCGAGACCUCAAGAAGAACAAAAAGAGAAGAAGGAGAGCGAUGACGACAUGAGUAAACAAAAGGAGAAGGAAGAAGAAACCUCACCAGAGAGUGCGGUUGAAGUAUCGAAUGAGAGAAAAAAGCUGCCAGAUGUGGUGGAAGAGAUAAAACAUCAUCAACCAGGGAGCAGGAUGCCAGGGGACACGGUGUUGAAGAUACUGAUGCAGAAGAUAAGGUCGCUGGACUUGAGCUUGUCAGUGCUGGAGAGUUACUUGGAGGAAAUGAGUUCUAGAUACGGUAAUAUAUUCAAGGAGAUUGAUCAGGAGGCGAGCAAGAGAGAGGAGGAGGUGGCGAAGAUGAGGCUAGAGGUAGAUAGAAUGAAGGAGAGUGAAGAGAAGAUUAAGGAGGAAGCAAUGGAGAUGAGAGAGUGGCGAAGUAGAGUAGAGAUAGAGAUUGAGAAGGGCGAGAAGGAGAAGGAGAAAGUGAAAGAGAGGUUGGAGCUAGUGUUGGAAAGAAUGGAGUGGAUGGAGAAGAAAGGUGUUGCUGUGUUCACCAUCUGUGUUGGGUUUGGGGCUAUCGCGGUUGUAGCUGUGCUUCUUGGUAAGGGUAUCGGUCGAGCAGAGAUGACUGGUAGCUUGGCUUGGCUGAUGUUGUUGAUAAGCUCUACAUUCCUUAUGUUUGUUUUGUCUCUUUGAGCUUUUCAGUUUUGUUCUAGUUUUUAUUGUAGAGGAGGUAGUUGCGUCUUUUCUUAUACCGAAUAAAAUAUUCAUCUUCAGAUGAUGAUUAGUUUUGUUGUGCUCAAAUUUCCAGUUCAAUUGGUUUUUGCUAGUUACUAUG